UUUUCAGCUGAACUUCUAGACAUUCCAGGAUGACGGUGACCUAUGAAGAACAGGCUGGCGGAGGUGCCAGGUUCAGACUAUUUGGACUCCAUAUCCAGCACUCCAAAGCACCGCUUCUCCAUAAUUUUUUAUUUAAAAGGCUAGGUUUGGAAAAUUGGAAAUACGAAUUAUUCGAAAGUAAUAAUGUAGACGAGUUUAAAAAAUAUUUGCAGGAGCCAGGCACCAUAGGGUCUGCCGUUACCAUGCCUAACAAAGUGACUAUGAUUGACCAUGUUGACGUUGUGGAUGAUGGAGCUAAAGCCGUGGGGGCAAUUAAUACCAUCUAUACUAAAAGGGAGGCUGAUGAUAAGAUCAUUGUUGGAACCAAUACAGACACUAUCGGGAUCCAUAGUUCGUUUGUUUAUAAUACACCGGACCAAGUGAAACAAUCACAAGAGUCAAGCUUGCCGGGAUUGGUUUACGGUGGAGGUGGUGCUUGUAGAUCUGCCGUUUAUGCAUUACAUGAUUUAUUGCAUUGCUCUAAAGUGUAUAUCAUCAAUAGGUAUGAAAGUGAGGUAGUCCAAGUGAUGAAAGCAAUGAAGCAAGGGGGUUUCAAAGGUGAAAUCGUCCAUAUCAAAAACCCCGAUGAAGCAGAACAAAUUGCUAAUAGACCAAAGUUGAUCGUGUUGACAGUGCCGGAUUUUGAACCGGUUUCCCCAGAAGAAACAUUGGCUAAACAAACUUUGGAUGUCUUUAUCCAAGAUGGAAAGGGGGCUGUUUUGGAAAUGUGCUAUCACCCUAAUCCAACCACUCGUUUAUACAAAGAAUUCGAAUCUCACAAUUGGAAAGUCAUUUCGGGUAUAGAGGCCAUGAUCUACCAAGGCAUAGCCCAACAAGUCUUCUGGACCGGAGUGCCCAUUGAUAAAAUGCCCGUCAAGGAGGUGAUAGACUAUAUUUAUCUGCAUUUAGACCAUUAAUACAUAUAUUUAGACCAUUAAUACAUAUAUUUAGACCAUUAAUACAUAUAUUUA